UAUUUUACAAGUAUUGUUAGGCUUGUUGCAAACCAUCCGCAUUUUGGUGUCACACUCAUGACUGCAGAUAGAAAAGCUGGCCAGUCUAUGGAUAGCGUUUUCCCUCACCUCACAGCUCAAAAACUACCUAGAUUGAUAUCGAUUAAGGAUGCAGAUUUCUCUACUGUGGAUGCUGUAUUCUGCUGUUUGCCUCACGGAACAACCCAGGAAAUCAUCAAGCGACUGCCCACCUCUUUAAAAAUCGUUGAUCUUUCAGCGGACUUUCGGUUGCGUGAUAUCUCUGAAUAUGAAGAAUGGUAUGGUCAGCCACACAAGGCUGUAGAGUUACAGAAAGAAGUUGUGUAUGGUCUUACAGAGUUACUAAGGGAUGACAUCAAAAAGGCUCUUCUUGUGGCUAAUCCAGGCUGUUACCCUACUUCUGUUCAGCUUCCUCUUGUUCCUCUUCUAAAGGCAAAUCUCAUCAAACAUGACAACAUUAUCAUCGACGCAAAAUCUGGUGUUAGUGGAGCAGGACACUGGUGCUAAGGAGGCGAAUCUUUACUCUGAGAUAGCUGAAGGCAUUUCUUCUUAUGGAGUCACACGGCAUCGCCAUGUUCCUGAAAUUGAACAAGGCUUAUCUGAUGUUGCACAAUCAAAAGUAACAGUCAGUUUUACACCGCAUCUCAUGCCAAUGAUCCGCGGAAUGCAAUCGACUAUCUAUGUGGAAAUGGCUCCCGGAGUUAGAACACAAGACUUGUACCAGCAGUUAAAAUCGUCUUAUGAGGGGGAGAUGGUAUCAAACCGAUGAAGACAGUCCGACCAGAUGAGUUUGGUUCUCCAUAUUCUAAAGACUCAAUCCUAUCCAUCGCGAACAGCAACAACAACCAGACGAGGUGAAGUUUGUCCUGACUCUCGAAAUUUAGAGUUUUUUUUGUUUUCUGAUUGGAUUCGACUUUUAAGAUAUGAGGGGAAAAAAACUUUUACAUUUUGAAUCUGCGUAUCUAAUUGAUUGAUUAACAUUCUUGCUGUUGAGGUCUUGCUUCUCUUAAACAAGACCAUUGCCACGACCAGAGAUGUAAUUCGCUCACUUUCUACUGAUGGAACAAGAAGAGGCAGAUAUUGACAACAAACUUGCAUUCGACUUCAUUCUCUGGAGAAGGACUGUAAGAUUACCUUCUCCUUUAUAACUCAACAAGCAU